GUCAACGUAGUAGUUGUAGUGGUAAACGUAGAGGAUUCUAACCCUUGCGGACGUUGCAAACAAGAUGAAGAGAAAAAGAACGAGAGAAGCUACCAAGAAGGCAAGAACGAGAACAAAGAGACUGAAAGCGGCAUUGACUUUGACCUUUUCUGGGUUUCAAUAUUUCAUUUCAUUAUUUUUUAUGGAAGGAAUUAGAAAACUUCAUAUGACUUCGAGUAUUGAAUCUCUCAGUCCAAAAAGUUAAGGUUUUUAAGCUUAGACUUCAAAUUCUUUCCUUGUAUACUAACAGAUAUGAAUACCGGAGUUGGUAUGGUGGUCUUGCUUGUUUUGAUCACUGCCAGUGAAUACUAUGCCAAUCAGAUUUCUCCUUCGCCUAGUCCAGAGCCGAAUGAUGGUUAUGGUGGAACUGCACCAGUUGUGGCAUUAACUGAUGAGAGGUGUUCAAAUUCCUUUACAGGAAGCUGUCAUAGCCUGAAUCACAUAAUUGCUUGCCUCAAUAUUUCUGCUUCCACAGAUUCGUUUCUUGUUGUCCAGAAUGAUGGUGAGGAUCCACUGAAAGUGAAUAUUACAAUCGUAGAUAUUGAGAUUGCUAUCCCAGAGAUACAAGUACCUAAACACAAAGCCAAAAAGAUCAAAAUCAUGGCAAACAUUGAAGGAAGUCCAUCUAUAAUAAUAAAAUCUGGAAUUGGGAAAUGUACAAUUCCCAUUGGAUCAAAGAAACAAAGUAGUGGAUUUUAUAAGCAGUUAGCCACCCAUUUAUCCCCCAUCUAUGGGGCCUACCUAUUGUUUUUUACAUUUCUGAUUGUUGGAACGGUAUGGGUUUGUUGUAAGAUUGGGAAAAAUGAAUGGCAUGAUGGUGGAGUCCGGUAUCAAGAACUAGAAAUGGGGCAACCGGAAUCCCACUUGGCUAAUGAUGUGGAAAUGGCAGUAGGAUGGAAUGAAGGUUGGGAUGAUGACUGGGUUGAGCAACAGGAAGUGAAAUCACCGGAUGAACAUCUAACAGAAAAUGUUGCAACCAAUGGACAUAAUUCCACAAGUUCUGAUAAAGAUGGAUGGGGAAAUGACUGGGAUGAUUAGAGCAAGAAUAAGAUUGGAACCCUUGGGUUAGAAAGAUGACAAGGAGGAAACAGAAACAACAAAAAGGUUAAACAAAAGAAAGAAACAAAAAGGAAGAUCAAUAGAUGUAGAAAGGAAUGGAAACUGCGGCAGGAUGUAGAUGUAAAAUUGAGUUUUAUUAUUUCUAUGUUUAAGCUAAUGUGGAAAGCAGGUUGAGAUAUAUAUAAUGUCAUAUUGGAAACAAUUUUGGUACGUCAAACAAGUUUGUUACUCUUUGAAA